AUGGCGGGCGGCACCCGCGAAAAAGGUGUUUUUUGUCUGUCACCUUGUGAGGCAACACUGAGCUGCAGUGGAAAACUGAAGACUUUUAUUAACCUGAUGGAGAAGACCAAAGGCAGUUUAAAAUGUACAAAGAUACAGAAGAUGCGUACCACUAAAGAGGGCACAGUUAGACACCUUGUUUCUCCUCAUCUUACUGGAACUUUGCGUCAGGAUGGCCGUCAUCGGAUCUGUUACCGUGUUGCAUACACUUGGAACAGAGGUGGAAGGUUAAAAGAAAUCCGUAUCAGACACUUGGCCAGAAAAUUUCUUUACAUAUGGAUAAGGAAGGCCUUUGGAAGAGUCCUCCCAUCAAGUGCCAGGUGCUAUUAUAAUCGGAAGAUACUGCAGAAAACCUUUGGAGAGUGGAAGGAAGAAUGGUGGAUUGUUUGCAAAGAAUGGAAGCUUACCAUUAGGGCUGAUUGUCAUUACAGGUAUUUCCUGUACAACCUGACUUUUCAGUCCUGGAAGUCUUAUAUACUCCAGCAGCGAGUGGAGAAGAAGAAAUACUGUGUUGCAGAGGCUUUUGCGGCAAAGAAGAAAACACUUCAAGCUUGGUGUCAUUGGCUGAACUAUGUGGAAAUGCGUCGCAUGAAACGUAAGAUGCAUUUGGAAGCAUUCAAAUUCAAGGAAGUGAGCACCCUGCGUGUGGUGUGGAAAUUGUGGAGGAAGCGAUGGUUCCAAAGCCAAGUGAGAUGUGAAAUGGAUGCUUGGGCUCUACAGCAUUGGGCCCUGGGCUUGCAGUUUCGGGCCUGGCUACAGUGGAAGGAAGUCUACUCAUAUAUACAGAAUAUGAAAGAAAAGGAAGCCAGGGCAAUGAUGCAUUACCAACAUAGGAAGAUACGGAAUUCUUUGAAAUCCUGGCAUGUCUAUGUAUAUCUCCGAAGAGAGAAGAAGCAUCAGCACAAGCUGGCUCUGCAACACCGUCAUAGCUGCAUGCGCCUUCAUUUUUUCUUGCUGUGGCACCUGGCUUGGGAACGCAAACAGCAGUUGAACAUACACCAGGAACGCAUUGCACAGCUGGCAGCCAGGAUUGCCAUGCGAAGAGCCUUCUUGCGAUGGAAAUUCUAUGUGUGUCUGUGUAUUGAAGCAGCUAAACAUCAGGAGCUAGCUGAACAUCAUUACAGACGCCUCCUGCUGUACCGUGGGUUUAGUGCCUUACGAAAGAAUGUUUUGGAAGCUCGUCUCAAGCAAAUGAGAAGAAAUUUGGCUUUUCAGCAGCAUCAAGUCAUGCUCUUGCGAAGGUUCUGGAAUUGUUGGAAGUCUUCCUUGGAACGGAAGGAGGAAGCACAGCAUUGGUGUCUGACACUGGCAGCUCGAUCUCACUACAGCCUGGUUCUACAGCAGAAGAGUUUCCGGUCCUGGUUACAUUAUGCAAGUUGGAAAAAGUACAGAAAGUUGCAGUAUACAAAAGCUGAUGCACACUAUGGAAGACUAAUCUUGCCUGCCGCAUUCCAAGCCUGGAAGCAAUUCAGGGUUUAUCAGUGCUGGUGGAGAAUGAUGAAAGGGAGGGCUGUGUGCUUCCACAGGGAAACAUGGACACGACGUUUAUUUGACAGAUGGUGGCUGAGAACACAGCGUCAGCAAGAGAACCACAUGGCAGAAAAAAUGGCUGUCCUACACUCUGAGCAACAGCUUAUGGCCCAAUUCUGGUAUUUAUGGCGCAGACGAACUGUAGCACGGAUUGAAGAGCAAGAAGAAGAGACGCUAGCCCAAGAACAUUACUGCCACCAAGUCUUGCAGGCAACUUUUCAUCUCUGGAAAGAGAAUGUUCAGGAGAUUAAAAUAGGAAGAAUGAAAGAGGAAAAAGCUUUGAGGUUCUGUUCUGUAAAGCUCCUGCAGCGAUCCUGGCGCAAAUGGCAACAGUACUUGAGACGCCGGUCUGAGAAGUGGAGGAAGCUUGUGAAAGCAGAUGUGCAUUACCAGCGCACUUUACUGCGCAGGUUGCUGUCAGCCUGGAAGACUUACCAGAUUAAAGUGCAAGACAUUCUGCACCAAGUGGAUGAAAAGGAGAAGAAGCAUAAUCAGCGGCUGCUCUGGCAGGUACUGCAUUCCUGGAGGGGGAAAGUUGCAUAUCUCAAGGGUGAAGGCAAGAAGGCAAUAGUAGCAGAACAGCAUUACAGAAGAACAGUUCUCUUCAAGGUGGUGCUCCAGUGGAGGGACACAGCCUCAUUGCGUGCCUACUGCCGUCAGCAAAAAGCAGCAGCUGUGAUGGAUGCCAGGAUACACUUGAAUGCUGUGAAGCUACAGGCCACUUUUCUCCUUUGGAAGGAGUCCUACAUUAGCUCCUCGAGGCAAAGGGGGUUAUUCCUCAGGGCAGUGCAACACUACAGGACGCAGCUGCUUAACAAAUGUGUGGCCGGGUGGAAGCAGUAUCACCUUUGGUACAUAAGAAACACGCUCCUGCAGAGACAAGGAGAUCAGCUGAUGGCUCGAAGGCUUUUCUCUACCUGCUUCUCAUUGUGGAAGAUGCAGUUGGCACACAGGCGGUGGGAACAGCAGGAGACAGUGCGAGCGCUAUGGCACUGGUCCCUUUCCCUGCAGGGGAAGGUCUUUGAUGCUUGGGUAGGAUCAGUCCUGGAAAGGCGACGGAAAAAGGGCCGAAUAGAGAAGGCUGUGGAGAUUUACCGGGCUGCUUUGCUGAAGGAGGGUAUAACACGCAUCCUGAGAUAUGCAGUUGGCAUGAAGCAAUUCCGAGCGAAGCUGCAAGCCCAGCACCAACUGAAGAUUGCCUGCCACCACCAUCAGCUAGUCUAUCGUUGUGCUAUGCUUUGGAAGCAAAAGGCUCUCUGCCAGAAACAAGGCCUGGAUCUUCCAGGGGCCCCACUCAAGAAGAGAGUGACAUUCAAGAUGCCAAUGCCGGAUGCAACUUUCAGGGCUAAUAGAGAUAGUGGGAAAGCAUCAAGUCUGUUCUCUGGGCUAAGCCCUGCUCAAAGUGAAGAUUUACCACUUCAUUUGGCUGCUGGAGACUCUGUCCUUGCUGAGCAGCAUGCAGCCCGUCAGGGAAGGCUGCAGCCACGUAGGCCUGAUUUCCUGCUGCAGUCUCUGGAGAGAAUGGAGAUGCCAAACUCCAACCGGAAUGGACUAGAAACUCUAAGUUGGCCUUUGCAGCAAACUGCUCUGAGCAAACCAUGUCCUCCAGCUGGUGCCUCUUUGCCAUCAACCCCAAAUGAUCAAAGCAGCGGCAUUCCUUCAUCCCACUUAGGCACCUCCAGCUGUUCAUCGCCUCCCCUUCUCAAACCUGCUGUGCUGCCCUGCCACUGGCCACACAGCACCGCUCAUACAAAGCUGGAGUUGUUACCCCCUUCCUCCUUUGUGCCACGGCUGAAAAACGGAGAGAAAACGGGUGAGGAGCAAUCUUUGAGCUCUCACCCGGAGUGCCAUACCACAAGCCCUCCAGUAGCAGCUCCUUGGCAUGAGAUAGUGGCAACAGGCCAAAGAGAAGACCUGCUCUUGCCAGAAGACUUUGCCAGGAGCAAGAACACUUCUCCCUUUUAUGGAAAGGCAGGCCAACAAGGAAAUCAAAUGGACAGUUCCACACAGGACUCAGAAGUUCAUAAGCAGCUGGCAGCUGAGCUCCAAUGUAUUGGGCAGAAAAUGCAACGUUAUCACAGCAAUCAGCAGGAACUGAAAUCAUGCCAAAGACAACAACGCAUUUUGCUCAAGUGGCUCAAAAUGAGCACGGGGACUGAGGAGCACGCAGGCAUGCGACAAGUACAAGAAGAGUUGGAUCAGCUGAAAGUGCAGAUUGAAUCCCUCACAAGCAUACUUGGAAAAGAGCGACAAGAGAUGCAGACGUACAGCACACGCAUCCAGGACAUUCAUCUGCUCUUAACAACUCAAUGACUGUUUGUGCAGUAUGCAGUGGCAUGAUAUAACCUUGGUGGGGUUGUAGAGCCUGCUAGCUCCAUGAACACUUAUAAGGGGUACAGCCUCUCUAAAAAGGCCAAGCGCCGUAAAUGUUUUUUUUAAAAAGUCAAGCAGGGCAAGUCACUUGUUUUAUUUAAAAAUGUUUGCAAUUAAUGAGUUAAUGUCCAUAAGUUGUACAUUUUGACAUACAAAAAUACUGUGCUACUGAUACAGUUGAAAAAUUAAAUGGAUUCUCCAUGUAGGAGAAAUUCACAGCAUCACCAAGAAACCCAGUCCCACUUAUUUGGGAUCAAUGUGACCUUUUCAGACCUGGCUCAGCACAGAACAUUCAUCCAGUAGAAUCCUGUCAUACAGAACAUCCUGGAGUUCAGAACAGUACAGCUAGAUAAGCUGAGGAAUGAGACAUUAGAGCUCAUAGCAUUGAGGGCUGUGCAGCCUUGAUAGGAGCAAUUUGUUCGUCCAGUGGUUAGAAAAAGGCUGCCCCUCUGGUGCCUUGUCUAUUUUCAGCUGCUUUUGCCUGUUUUGAGUGAUGUACUAAUACAGGAAAUAUCACCUAUCAUAUUCUAAGAUUAAAAGAGGGUGACUUGCUACUUAGGAAAUUAUCAGUAAACUGUUGUUUUUUCAAAUGUAAAGAGAGACAGACCAGGCCUCAUGAAGAAGUCUCUGCCCCACAUCAGUCCCACCACCAGAAAGAUGGGGGUCAGUAGAAGCAUUCAUGCCUCAACCAGUACACGCAUACAUCAUAAAGAUCUGUUUUCUACUGCAGGCACCUUAGUCUCUGUAUUUUAGGUGUGCGGACUUAGCUUUCUCUUCCAAGUGCUCCUUUUAUAUUAAAAGGAGGAUACUCUUGCUUCCUUGUCACAUUUGUAUGUGUGUGUGGGCAUAUAUACAUAUAAGGCUUAAGUUAAGCAUGUACAAGAGGUGUUUUAAAGGGAAAAUAGGAUUUAAAGCUAAAUAAACUCAGCAUUCCUGA